AUGUCCAUGCAUGAUUCCCAAAUCAUGCAGGACAGCGGGCGCAAACUCUACUGGCAAAAGACUGAGAUGCUGCCUGCAGAAUGGACAACACUGGACCAGAAAGCUUUUCUUGAGUCGAAGUACAACAAUUUUUUGAAGGCACAAGUCAGGGCAUCUGUAAUGCAAUUCUGGGGCCCUGUGUUCUCAGAGUGGUUCAGAAGGUUUUCUGAGGAACUUGCAAUUUUUGGUGAAGCGCCGGAAGUCAUGUCAGAAGAGCAAAAAGAGGCGAAAGGCACAGCUGUUGAUCUCAGGCAAAAGAAAAUCAAGAAUUGGUUUAACUACCAUUCUCAGAAAAGCGGCCGCUCUGCUGUAAAUGCAAUGGGCAAAACAAUUCGGCAGAUGCUCACCAACAAAGCCAAGGGCACACAAAUCCACACAGAGGCUGAAGUAUUCUCAAAGAUGAGGUAUGCGGAUGAUGUUCAGGCACAAGUGAAGGAGAGCAUCGCUUCAGGCAGCCUUACCAAGAGUGAAAAGUUGGGAGCUGUGAAAUUGAUGACACACACAGCUUAUGAGGACGCGAGUGAGGAUGUUAAGGCCUUGUGUAGGGCAAAGGUUCAGGCAGAAUGGGAUGCCAAGGCAUCAGAAGUCCUCAAGAAGACAGAUGGGGCCCCUACCAAUGCGCAAUAUGCUAGGGCACUCACCAAGUGUAUGGGUACGAUUUCACAAUUCAUGCAAGUCAUCAAAGACAUGACGGGUUGGGAAUGGAGUCUGAUCGGCGCUGGACCAGACCCACGUUUGGACGGAAAUAUAAAUGCUAUGAGGCACUGCAGCUACCAUUCAGGUGUGAAUGCAACUGGUCUCAAUUGGAAACAAGCGACACCACACUUCAACGAGACACACUUGAAGGCGUAUGUCGACUUCAUUAGCACAGUUUUUCCACCGCACAUCAGGAAGACACGUGCACUCAACUAUGAUGCUUUAGGAUCUAGUAGUACGCCAUCUGCCCCAUCCGCUUCCCAGUCACUUGAUUCUGGUUGCUCUCAGCCAGAUGCACUUACCACAACACCUCCGGCUACACAAUCACCGCCUCUGGUUAUAUCUGCACCCCCUGCUUCCACUGAGCGCUACAACCUUCAUGACCCAUCUGUUUCUUUCUUCCCCAAUGUCGGUCUGCAGUUGUCCAAUGGAUACAGCCUCCAAGAUGUCUCAUUCACAAAAGAUCCCACAGAAUCAUCCAGUUCCUUCCUCAAUGAUAUUCCAAAGGCCUCAUUUGACGUGCCGUAUUGGAAAAAUCCACCGCCUCUUCUCGGCCCCUUACUCAACGGAUCUCCAAGCAUGCCCAAUGGAUCUACAGGCACUUCCACCUGCUGUUACAGUCUACCAUCACACUCGCUACCUUCUUUGCCACCUAUAGCAACCCCGCAAUUCAUGUUCCUGUCACUCCCUUCCCCAUCACUCCCUUCCCACUCCCUUCCACAUCACUCCCUGGUUCUCCCUUCCCACUCCCUUCCACGUCACUCCCCGGUUCUGCCUUCCCCAGUUCUGCCUUCCCCGGUUAUCCCUGCCCCAAUUCUCCCUUCUUUGGUUAUCCCUGCUCCGGUUAUCCCCGCCCCAAUUCUCCCUUCUUUGGUUCUCCCUUCUUCAGUUCUCCCUGCCCCAGUUCUCCCUUCCCCGUCACUCCCUGCCCCAGUUCUCCCAUCUGUACCUCCUGCAUCUCCUGCAGUGGAGACUCCACAAAACGGAGACAUGCAGCAUAGCACACCAGAGAAAACACUCAAGGUAAAACGAAAGCGCGCGACAAAGGCCGUCGACACGGUCAUGGAGGUUAUCGAGUCCACUGAUCCAAAUACACUGUGA